GACGAUUUGAAUCUGGGAAUCUAGUACUGAUCGUUUAUCCAUCGGUAUAUGCAUGAUCCUGGGGGGACAUCAGUGGAGAUUAUGGAGAGCCCCACGAUUUGCCCCGCCUGGUGAUGGGCGGGCAGGGCGAGCUGCAGUUGGAUGGAGAGCGAUGUCAGCAAGCUCAGCCCUGCACUUUGAGGUUGACUUUAACGGUGCCCAGUUUUCUCGGCGUGGAUUCGUAUUUGUGUAUGUAUAUACUCGGGACCCGGGAGAGGGUUCUAGUGUCUUUUUUGUCUCAGGUUUCUUGCGGAUUUAAAGCUGUAGAUCUUUACCUAUCACCCCCGCCGAUUUGGUGGUUCACACCGAUACUUGCAACGAUUCAAGAACGACAAGAACACAGCAGUUGGGCCCUUAUUUUUCGUCAACUCACCUUACCCUCCGUCCCGAAAUCGAUCCCGCCCGCCCGUUCGUUCAGCCACACUCUCGGGUCCGGGGGUGACGGGCCCUUACUGUCUCACGAUGUCGACCUCAACCAACCCAGGCCCGGCGAUUUCCCUAGAGGCGGAACUCACCUGCUCCAUCUGCACCGACCUCCUCCACACCCCCCUAACCCUCCUGGACUGCCUGCACACCUUCUGCGCCCCCUGCCUGAAGUCCUGGUUCUCCUUCCAAGCCUCCUCCCUCCUCUCCCGCCCCGGUCCCCCUCCCCCGCCCGAUUUCGCCGUGUACACUUGUCCGAGUUGUCGGGAUAGGGUAAGGGACACGAAACAUGAUGCUAGGGUGGCGACACUACUAGAAAUGUUUGAAAGGAUCAAUCCUACUUGUGAGAGGAUCAAGAGCGAGGAGGAGAAGAGGGAGAUGGAUGGGCAGUAUAAACGGGGAGAAGACAUAAUGCCGCGACUGCCGUUUCAGGAUAGGACGAGGGAGGAGGUGGAACGGGAUGAGGAGGAGAGGAGGUUGUUGGAACGGGUGCAGGCUGUUAGUUUGAGGGAGGCAACGGAGGGGUUGGGGCGGAGGAGGGGGGAUAGUGGUGAGCGAAGGAGGGAAAGGAGGAGGGAGAGGGAGCGGGAGGUUACUCACCAGAGCAGCCUCAGGAGUUUAAUCAGUACGGAAGGGGUGGAUGCGAGGGAUAUUGAACGGGAGGUGGAGGAGUUUGCGAGGCAGAUUCAGGAGGAGGGGUUGCUGGAUGGGUUGGAUUUGGAUAAUAUUGAUUUGGAGAACAAUGAUGAACUUAGUCGGAGGAUAACGGAGGCGUAUAGACGAAGGCAUAGGGAACGGGUGAGGAAUAACGAGGGGGGGAGGGUGAGGGGGAGUGGGACUAGUUCGAGGAGUCAUAAUACUGAGGGGGUCAGGCCGAGGAGUAGGACGGCGACUGGUGUGGUUACGACGACGAGGGAGGGGUCACGGCCGGCGAGUAGGCAUACGGUUCACUCACGGGCGCCGAGUCAGAGUGGGAAUGAGAGUGACAGGGAGCCUAGGGGGAGGUAUCCACCGAGUACCAGUUUUGCUGGGAGACUGGAGGUGCAGGAGCCGGGGAGGAGUAGGAGACGGACGUCGAGUAGUGGGAGGAGCGCCACGGUUCCGUUGCCGCCGGCGCAGUUUCCUGAGCCGGUUAGGGUGGGGAGUAGGGUGCAGACUGAUCCGGUGGCUUUGGGGGAUGCGCCUGCUCCGUUGAGGCCGAGGUUGAGAGGAGGGACUUCGAGCUCGCCUACUUCUGCUACGGUGACGACGACGACGACGACGCCUUCGUCUCGGAGGGAGUCACCGGGAGAGAGGGCUUCUCCGCUGAGGGAGCCGAUACCGCUUGUACCUGCGGGAACGAUGCCGAUACCUUUGAUACCAGCUGGAACUAUACCAACACAGCAAUCACCGAUGGAGUUGCCGGCCGAAGUUGGUCCGGCUAGGAGGGAACUCGCUCGACAUGACUCUCCUACUCUUGCGCCGACGUCAGGGCCGCUGAGCAAUGAUAUCAACUCUCCGCCAUUAGCGUCCCUACGACGAGCCCAGCCAGUGUGGUAUAAAGAGCCCCUGAUCCAAUGCAACCACUGCUCCAGGGAACACAUCCAAUACGAUCUCCACUACAACUGCAAUCUCUGCCACGAAGGCAACUGGAAUAUUUGUCUCGACUGCUACCGCCGCGGCAAGGGAUGUCUACACUUCUUUGGGUACGGCCCAAACGCCCUCCAGAAGUGGAAACGACUUGGCCCAGACCUCCCACCGCCGCACACACUGGUUGGGAGCCGAUACCUCCCCCCCUCUACCCUUCCGGGAGGAGCAGAAGGUCGCCGGACGUUAACAGCUGAAAACCCAGCCGAUCGGUUACAGCGAGGCACCUUCUGCUCAGGGUGCUCAGCCUUUACGCGCAACGACCUCCACUGGGGAUGUGACACCUGCAACGCUGGGGACUGGGGGUACUGCAACACCUGCGUCAGCAAAGGAAAAUCCUGCCCCCACCCCCUCACCCCCUUCACCUACAUGUCUAAACCCUCCCCUCAACAAUCCCCCUUUGCGCCCUCAUCAAUAGCCGUCGCAAACAGCACUACCCGCAGCAAAGGAGUCUACCACCCGUCCGACCCAAAACAGCACUGCGAGCAAUGCACCAAGCCCAUACCUCGCAACCAAGUUUAUUAUCACUGCUACUCCUGCCCUUCCCAACUACCCUCUGCCAUUGCUGGGGAUUGUACAAAUCUCUGCGUGGCGUGCUACAACCAUUUCCUCGACAUGAACCACCUCCCCAUGGAAAACGGCCCAAAGGGAUGGCGCCGCUGUCCAAAGGGGCACAGGAUGGUCAUGUUGGCUUUUUCGCUUUCUUCCCCCAGCCCGAGCGAGACGGUUUACAAGAGAAAAAUAUUCAAGGACCUUGUCGGCGGGCGACGGUUACGUAUCGAAUCUAUUCCAAAACACUCAUCAUAUCAAACAUGGAGUUGGAAAAUUGACCCCAACAGCAGCAGCAGCAGCACGAGAAAAGCGAGGUUGGUCGGGGUGGACAUGGUUACGUCAACAAAAGGGGUAAACCCCAGGAGUGUUGCCGAUCUAAAACCAGAGCAACUCUCCGAACUUGUCCAGGACGAAGACGAUUUCCCUCCCGAUGGAGGAACAGACCCAAAAGCAGUGGCGAACUGGGGUUGGGUUCCGGCCGAGGGGGUAGAUGAUGAGUUGUUUUUCCCUAAAGGGGCAGAGAUUGGGGAGGUGGAGGAUGUGAAUGGGGAGUGGUUUCACGGGUGGUAUCAAGGGAAGGGGGGGCUGUUUCCUGGGCCGUAUGUAAAGGUUCUUGGGGGGUGACAGCCCAACCAGAAGGGGUUGGAUGGAGUUGCGAAAUAAGAAGAGAAAAAUCAAUCUGGAAAAGCCUUCCAGAUUGCGGCGCACGCCGCUGCAGUGGCCAGGCCCGAACUGCUAUUAUUUACUGCCCUUGCGAAGGACUUUGGUGUACAUAUAUUUCCAUGAUAUGGCUGGACCUGGCGUUUCGUUUGGGCAGUCGUGUGGCAGUGCGCCCUCUGCCCACUGGUGCGGCUUGCUCUGCAAUCUGGGGUGUUUUUCGGGGUGCUUUUGAGUAACAAUAUCAUUAUACUACUUGCCGUAUGCAAAUUGUUGAGGACAUGCCUGGUGCACACUGUAUAUGAUGCGGCCG